CCGCCCCGCCGCCGCCCCAAGCAUCCAAGCACGCUGCGCAACCGCGAGCUAGCGAGGGUUGUAUUUGGGAUGGACACCAAACGUGGGAGGAGCCGCAGUCCAGUGGAAAUCAAGGAUGGCCACUCUAAGGGGAGUGAGAAUGGAAGGAAAGACAACUCAGCUCUACAGAAUGACUCUAACCAUGCCAGACCAGGCAGAGGUCAUGAAUUUGGUAGGCAUUCUGAUAGGCAUUCCUAUGGAGCACCUCGUGAAUCCAGGAGGCAUGAUGAUUAUAGGAGGUAUCAUAAUAAGCGAGCUGAUGAUAAUGACAGGAGCCAUUCUAGAACUUCUCGGUCAGAUCGGGAAUCAAGGGCUGACACUUACUAUUAUCCUUCAAAGCGUGAUGACACAUCUGAUAGAUCACAUGGUGAUUGGAGAAAUGUUGGCAGCAAGUAUGGCGGCAAAUCUGUCAAGGGAGAGCAGAGGACUAAGAAUCAGGAAAAACAUGGGCCCCCACGUGAAUACCCUAGACAUGAUGGCACAGAGUAUGACAAAGAUGCUGAUUUAAGAAAGGAAACCAACUCUACCAGAAGGCAUCCAGAAGAAAAGGAAAAUAAAAACAAGGAGAAGUUCAAGCAGGAGGAUGCUCUAAAGAAGAGAAGCGGCAAGGAAAUUGAGAAAAGCAGCUGUGCAGCAGAACCUGAGCUAGAAACUAGGGAGAAGAGAAGAAGCUUAUUCAGUUCUGUUGGUCCAGGUGUUGAAAAUGCACAGCACAUGGAAAUGGAUACCUCAGGAGGAAAUAAAGACGAAACCAUGAAUGAUCUGAACGCUGCAAAAGUUGUAGCAAUGAAAGCUGCUGAAUCAGUGAAGAAGAACAUUCUAGGAUUUGGGGUUGGAACCGGGCGGUUAUCCAUUGACCAGAAGAAAAAGCUGCUUUGGGGCAAUAAAAAGAGUAACCCUACAGAGACAAGCACUCACUGGGAUUCGAAUCUGUUUUCUGAUCGGGAACGCCAAGAGAAAUUCAACAAACUCAUGAGCCUGAGGGUGCCUUGGUGGCUAUGGCCUAUUGUAGGGUGUGAAGAGCAAUGCCUCUGCCUCGGUUCAAGAGAACAAGGCUGUCAACAAGGGGGAGGGUCCAGUGGAAGUCAAGAAACAGGAGGAGCUCGACACCGACCUGGAGAAACUCUACGUAGCAGGCCUGCGCCGGAGAGAUGGCCGGACUGUUGGCCUCGGCCUGUAGGGAACUCUGGAUGUGAGUGUGGCAGCACCCAAGAUCUGAAGUGCCUGUUAUGUAGUACACAGUUCAUUGGCUCUUUUAUCCUUGCAUGUGGAAAUUUGACUGUCAGUUUUGCAUUAAAAACUGUAGAAGUGGGUUGUUAUGAUCAUCUUGUGGCUCAUGAACAUCUAUUAUGUCUGAUUGACACUUCUAUAGUGUGCUGGCAUAACUUGUCGCCCUGGAGGACUUUUGCACUUGGAUUUGUGCUUUGCUUGCCCUUUGACCAUAAACACGACAGUGUGUACUAGAGCAUCUCCAACAGU